GCGGGGCGCAGGUGGUGCGUAGGGUGUGUUGCGCAUGCGCCCUAAGGAGGCGGCGCGCGGAGAGGCGGCGUGCGGAGGGGCGGCGCGGCCGUUGGCGGUCGUUACCGGUGCCAUGUUCCGGCGCCCUCCGCGGAACUUCCGUGCCCGGCGGCGCGCGGCGUCAAGCGGCGGCAGCGAAGAGGAGGUGGAGCUGCCGCCCGCCGUCCCGCCGCCUCCUGCCCCCGGCCGCGACUCCGAGCAGGAAGCGGAGUCUGAGGAGGAGCCCGGCAGUGCCGCCGCGGCCCCCGCGGUGGAGGGCCCGUCGCCCCCGCGGGAGCCUGCGGGCAGCCCCGGGGGCCGGGGGGAGGGCGGAGGCCACGGGCCGCGCCUCGCCGGGGCCGGGCCGGCGCGCGGCGGGAAGGCUUUGCUGAGCUUCGGCAGCGAGGAGGAACGGGAAGGUGAUGAAGAACUCUUUAAAAUUAAAAAGCCUUCUUUCAAUGAAGUAACUUUUAGAAUCCAAAAGAAGGAAAGCUUACCAUCCCCACAGAGAGAAGUUGAGGAAAGCGAAAAGAUCUGUCAGUUGGUGCCUAGAACUGGCAACACUCAAGUCACUCAUGAGGAAGAGGAGGAAGAUGAGACUUAUUCUUCACUUAGUGAGGACUACAACAGCUCAGGCUCAGAAAUUGAAUCCAGCCCUUCACAGAGAGGGAAGGAUUUAUCGGAAGGCAAUAUCCCCAGUGCUGCUUGCAUUGAGGCUGCUCGGAGGAAACGUCACUUAGCCAGGACACAGGCUGAUUAUCUUCCAUUGGAUGUUGUAAACAAUCGUUGGGUCUCUCGGAGAAGAGAAAGCAGUGGUUUAGAGAGUGAAGAUGACGCUGAUAUGCGGAAUCUCAGUUUUGCUCCUAAAGCAAGAACUCUUAGGCAGAGGAUGACUGAACACAUGGCGUCCAAGGAUGAUGAAUCAAGUGAAGAUGAAACACAAAUUAAGUGGGAAGAGCAGCAAAUAAAGAAAGCUGUCAAACUCUCUCAGGAUAUUUAUGAUGAUGCUUCUCUGCAUAAAUCUCAACCAGCAAAACAGAAGUUUGAUCCCUCUGUUUCUUUGCCGCCUGUGAACUUGGAAAUUGUAAAGAAGCGACUGACUGAAAGGAUAACAUCAUUGCAGGAUGUGCACCGUGCCCAUCAGAGGGAGUAUGAAAAAUACAUGAAAGACAUUGAAAGUUCAAAGGUGUCCGUCCAGGAGUUAGAGAAGUCUUCAGAUGCAUCUCAGAAUUACAAAUUCUACCGGGCUAUGAAAACAUAUGUAGAAAACUUGAUAAACUGUUUGAAUGAAAAGCUGACAUGCAUUAAUGACCUAGAGUUGGCUAUACACGUACUUCUUCAGCAACGAGCCAGGACACUGCUGAAACGAAGGCAAGAUGAGCUGAGAAAUGAAUCUGCUUAUAUUCAGCACCUGUCAAGUAGUAAUGACAAACCAACUAAUGGUGGGUUGGAAGAUGAUGAAAAGAUGCAGCUUCUGAAAAUGUGUGAACAUCGAAGGACUUGCAGACAGCAAGCGAGAGUUUGUUUGGGAAAAGUUGAUCACCAUGAAGGUAUGUCUAGUGAUGAUGAGCUUCCCCCAACAGAGAUGACUGAGUUCCAGAAGAGCAAAGAUGAUAUUUUAGAGGAUAGCAGGAAAAUCUUUGAAGAUGUUCGUGAAGAUUUUUGUGACAUCAGAAAAAUCCUGUUGAAAUUCCAAGAGUGGAAAGAGAAGUUUCCUGAGUCCUACUGUGACGCUUACAUCAGUUUGUGCCUGCCAAAGCUUUUAAAUCCGCUAGUCAGAGUUCAGUUAAUAAGUUGGAAUCCCCUUGAGCAGAAUUUCACAGAGUUGGAAGAGGUGCCCUGGUUCAGAGCUAUAGAAGAAUUCAGUGAUGCCAAAAAUGUGUCUGGAUCGAAAGGGGAUGAUGAUCCUGAUAAGACAGUCUUGCCUAGAGUGAUUGAAAAAACAAUUCUUCCAAAAAUUACAGGAUUUAUAAAGAACGUGUGGGAUCCUUUAUCUUCUUCACAGACAAAGAACCUUGUACAGCUUUGCAAUAGCAUCUUCGAAAAGCAAGUUCCCUCCAAAAAUGAACACAGUCAAGCAAGAGAGGAUUUGAUAAACGUAGUUGUCCUGAGAAUGAAGAAGUCUGUAGAGGAAGAUGUCUUUAUUCCUCUGUAUCCUAAAAGUGCUGUGGAAGACAAAUUGUCACCAUGUUCAAAAUUCCAAGAAAGACGGUUUUGGUCAGCUGUUAAGCUGCUUUCCAAUAUUCUUCUUUGGGAUGGAAUUGUACAAGAAGAUACAGUCUAUGAUUUAGGACUGAGCAAGUUGCUGAAUCGUUAUCUUCUUCUGAACCUCUUAAACAUACCACCGGGGCCAGAUAACGUGGAAAAGUGUAAAAAGGUGGUGGCAUGCCUCCCAGAAAGAUGGUUCCAGGAUCUUAAAAGUGGAUCAACUCUCCCCCAGCUGACGAACUUCAGCCAGCAUUUAUUGCAAUGUGCCCACAUGCUGCAAAAGAAUAACCACAGGGAUGAAGCAAAAGAUGUUGUUCUUCUGCUGGUGAAAGUUAAUGCUCUGCAUAUUGUCGAAGACUUUAUCGAAGAGUACAAACUUGAGCACCUUAAAUCCAUGAUUGGAAAAUAGAAUUUUUUUGAAACAACAUUUAUAUUACUGGAACAAGUCUGAUAUUCAUACUAAAAUAGUUUUAAUAUUAAGUUUAAUUAGUGGACCCUGCCUACUCAAAAAUGUAGUCGUAAUCAGUUGACGUCACUGUUUUAUUGUUAAAUACGUUUUUUACCAGGUUUGUCUUCAACUGCUAUCUUACUCCUGAGUUAAGGAGUCUUUUUAAAAAUUACAAUCAUCAAAGUAAAGCGGCAUUUAAGGCCCUCUGAAAUGAAAAUGCUUUAUUUCUUUAUCCUUUUUGGAAGGAUUACAGGAAAGAUGGAUUGUAUGUGGAGUUGAUCAUUGCACUGCUAUUGAGUAGACAACUUUAGAAGGUAUUUCCAAAAUAUUGCUGAAUACCACUUUUUGUCUCAGGAAUCAUUGAGUUCUAACUUAUGGUCCACAGAGAUUUUGGUAGGGUCAUCAUUAAGCUAUCUUUAGUGGAAAAAGAACUGAUAAUGAUACAGGGUUUUUGACCCUGAGAUAUAAACGGAGGGAACCAAAGACCAGUGAUAUAGCAUUUGUGCUUCACCCAGUGUGCAAAUAAGGAAUUUAACGGAUGAAUUCUGAGGUAAGAAAUUGCACAGGAGAAUGUCUGGGGAAAAGCUGAUGUACUGUAGUGAAGAUCAUGUCCAGUGUGUAUUGGAUGGAGUUUUGUACUUGAGUGAUGCAGGCUGGACUUUUGUGUGCAGACCAGGAGUUACCAUGCAUCAUGUUUUAUCAGACUUCCAACAGACUGGAAACCUUGAUUAUGAGAAGCACAAGAACAACUUCAGUUCUGUAACUGAUAUUCUAGGAGAAUCUUCCUCUUGCUUCCCAGUAAGAUUUGCCAAAUCCUAUUUCAUCAUACCCAAGUAAGACUUUGAUAUGUUUUAUAAUUUUGUAUAUUUGUAAAAAAUAUUAUACUGUAGAAUAAAAAGGAUGCUUUAUUACUGAAACUGUAGUCCAUCACCAAUUCUCAUGUACACUUACUUGUAUUUUCCUAAAUCUUCUGGGACUAGAAUUCAGCUCUUGCAGAUUUGUUCCCUGUGGCCUUUGAUAUAAUUUUUAAGUUAUAAAUAUAUUUUUGUAAAAUAUUUUAAUUGUAAAUAACUUUCAUAAAAGUUUUAGACAAGGUGGCUUGUAAAUUAACUUUGUUUUACUUUUAUUUUUAAAACAAGUAAAAAUAUUUUGAUGUUUAA